CCUUGGCAGCGAGUAAAUUUCGUCAAGUAAAUCUCAACGGCUCUCUUCCUCGAAUUCCUCCACAAAUUAGCCGUUGGCGCCUUUCCAUUCGAAAAAGCCCUCUCAAAACCCUAAACACAAAAUCAAUCCAAUAUAAAAACCCCUCAAUUGAACCAGAUUUCAUUCACCCAACAAGCAAUUUAAUCUCUGUCUGCUGAAUCGAGAAAAAUCCCUCACGAUCUGUCAUCUCAAUUACAUACAUCUGUUAUUGUUUUUUGUAUAACUAAUCCAAUUUGAACUGUUAUAUACUGAUUCUUCUUCUGCAGGCUGGAAUUUGUGGUUGGAUUAAUUUCUGGGGAAUUUGUUGUUUUUAUAUCUGAUUGUUGAAGAAGCACGCACGUACACAAACACACUUGGUUAUACCUGUACACAUUUGUAUUUGCCUAUUACUGUUGUUAUUUUUUUGAGCUAACACAUGGAAACAGGAAACAUGAACUCAUCUUCCACACCAAACAAGAGUAAGUCGCAACUCCCGCUGCAAGAACAGCUCCUGCAAAGAAGAAAUUCGAAGGAGAAUUUGGAUCGCUUCAUACCGAAUAGGUCGGCAAUGGAUUUCGACUAUGCUCAUUACAUGCUUACAGGUAAGGAAAACCCAACUGCAAGCUCCUCUCCAUCCAGAGAAGCAUACAGGAAGCAGCUUGCAGAAACCUUCAACAUGAACAGAAGUCGGAUUUUGGCUUUCAAGAACAAGCCACCAACCCCAGUAGAGGCAAUUCCCAGUGAUUUCUCAUCAGCUGCUCACCAAGUCAAAUCUGCCAAACCGCGUCGUCACAUCCCCCAGACUUCUGAGAAGACACUGGAUGCCCCUGAUCUUAUGGACGAUUAUUAUUUGAAUUUAUUGGACUGGGGCAGCAGCAAUGUUCUUUCCAUCGCUCUUGGACACACUGUAUAUUUGUGGGAUGCUCCUGAUGGAGCUACCUCCGAACUCGUUACAAUUGAUGAAGAAUGUGGCCCAAUUACCAGUGUCAAAUGGGCUCCUGAUGGAAGGCAUAUUGCUGUUGGUCUCAACAACUCAGAAGUUCAGUUAUGGGAUUCCACCUCUAACAGAAUGCUGAGAACCUUGAAAGGAGGGCACAGGUCGCGUGUAGGUGCCAUGGACUGGAACAAUCACAUCCUAACAACCGGAGGUAUGGACGGUCAGAUCUUCAACAAUGAUGUGAGAGUGAGGGCACACAUUGUUGAAACUUAUACCGGACAUGAUCAAGAAGUUUGUGGGCUUAAGUGGUCGGCAUCUGGGCAGCAGUUAGCUAGUGGUGGAAAUGACAAUGUCCUCCAAAUCUGGGACAGGUCCAUGGCAGCAUCGAAUGCUCCUACUCAGUGGCUUCACAGGCUCGAGGAGCAUACCGCUGCUGUUAAAGCACUCGCGUGGUGUCCGUUCCAGAGCAACUUACUGGCCUCCGGUGGAGGCGCUGGAGAUAGGUGCAUCAAGUUCUGGAACACACACACCGGCUCGUGCUUGAACUCAGUGGACACCGGCUCACAGGUCUGUGCUCUUCUGUGGAACAAAAAUGAGCGCGAACUGCUGAGUUCUCAUGGUUUCACACACAAUCAGCUCACUCUCUGGAAGUACCCAUCAAUGGUGAAGGUGGCUGAACUCACUGGGCAUACCUCUCGAGUUCUUUAUAUGGCGCAGAGCCCAGAUGGGUGCACUGUUGCAUCUGCAGCAGGAGAUGAGACUCUUCGAUUUUGGAAUGUUUUUGGGACACCUGAAGUUGCUACUAAGCCUGCACCAAAGACAAACUCAGUGCCUUUCGCUCACGUGAACCGCAUUAGAUGAUUGGGUUGGCAGUGGAUACAUAUCUGUUGUAAAUGAUUGUAACAUAUAUAUACAUGCUUCUGCUUGCUGGCUAGUCACACAUCGUGACAGUUAAUAUCAAGAAUAUAUGAACUGCAUCUUUUUAUUUAAAAAAAUGGUUGCUACACUUUUCUUUCGUUCUGUUUUGGGAUCAGUUCUUUUUGGAACCUACCAUUUUCACAUCCCUCAAAUCACUCAAAAGGCUUUUCACUGAAGACUGAAAAAGCAAGAGACUAAUUUUGUACCAAUUGGCAUAAUCACUACAGACACAAGACCAAGUGACUACGUAAAUUGGCGCCUCAUGUAAGUGUCCUCGUGCACGAAUAAAGGAUCUUGAGGAGGAAAAUGAGGUUGCCCCAUUGCAAUGUGACUUUGAGGAGGAGGGACAGGUGCACCCCAUGCAUUCUUUGCUGAAUUCAAGGUUAGAUAGUAGAUUAACCCCAGAAUGACACUGGCAAGAGACAGCACAGCAGCUCCAGCGAAAACGCCAGGUUUUACAACAUAACAGUAGUAGUUGGUGUAGUACAAGUUCUCUUCACCGUGCUCAUCAUUCAGAGCUGCGCCAGUUAGCAAUAGAAGGAAUGCUAUGACAAAUGUAAACCUGCACACACAAUUACAAAGAUUGACUAUGUAAACGAACAAACAAAAUUUGUAAUAUAGCUGAAGAUUGGAUUCUAAUUUCCCCCAAA